AUGGCUUCCAAAGGAGACAGUGUCCAAACAGGGCCAGUGAUCGAUAUGCCUGUUCCAUCAAGUUACAAUGACAUCACACAGGACCACAAGCUGAGAGAUUUCAUUGGCUGGGUGUGGUAUGAAAAGGAGGUUUUGAUGCCCAAGCACUGGACGUUGCCUAAUGCAGGAAUGAGAGUUGUGCUCCACAUUGGUAGUGCCAAUUACUACACUUUUGUUUGGGUAAAUGGGGCUGAGGUUGCCUUUCAUGAAGGUGGUCACCUUCCUUUUGAAGCAGACAUCACUAAAGUUAUUCAGAACAGGCCAACUAAUAAAUACAGAAUCACCAUUGCAGUAAACAACACACUUACCCCUUAUACUUUACCUCCUGGAAGGAUUCAGUACAUGACUGAUACAAAAAGAUAUCCUCUAGGUUACUUUGUACAGAUUACACAAUUUGAUUUUUUCAACUAUGCUGGGAUUCAUCGACCAGUUUUACUAUACACCACGCCCAGUGUCUACAUAGAUGAUGUAACCAUUGUAACAGAUUUUGAAGAUGAUAUAGGCAUUGUACAUUAUGAAAUAUCCAUACAGGGGAGCGCACACUACUCAUUAUCAGUAAAGUUGUAUAACCAAAGAGGACAGGCUGUUUCUUCAGUCACAGGUGGACCUCCAGUUGGACGUUUGAUAAUAAAUCAACCAAUUCUUUGGUGGCCAUACCUAAUGCAUGAGAGCCCUGCAUACCUUUACAGCCUUGAGGUUUACGUAAAAAGCAAAAAUGGUAGCGCCUCUUAUGAAGAUGUUUACACAUUACCAGUUGGAAUUCGUAAGGUUCAAGUCACCAAGACCCAGUUCCUUAUCAAUGGGAAGCCAUUCUAUUUCCAUGGAGUGAAUAAACACGAAGAUUCAGAUAUACGAGGGAAAGGCCUUGACUGGUCGUUGAUUAUCAAGGACUUUAACCUUCUUCGAUGGCUGGGUGCAAAUUCUUUCCGUACAAGCCAUUAUCCGUAUGCAGAAGAAAUUAUGGAUUUGUGUGACAAAUAUGGGAUUGUGGUCAUUGAUGAGUGCCCAGGCGUGGGCAUCAAAGAUCCUGUGAGCUUUGGAAAUAAAUCCCUUGCUCAUCAUUUGAGUGUAAUGGAAGAACUAGUGCACAGAGAUAAAAACCGGCCGUCUGUAGUGAUGUGGUCUGUUGCGAAUGAACCAGCAUCUGGACUGCCACAAGCAAAUCAUUACUUCAAGACGUUAAUAUCCUCUACUAAAGCAAUGGAUCCAACCAGGCCUGUAACCUUUGUUACAGACACCAGCUAUGAGAAUGACAAAGCUAUGCAAUACACCGACGUUAUUUGCGUGAACAGCUAUUUUUCGUGGUACCAUGAUGCAGGCCAUUUGGAGGUCAUUCAAUUACAACUUAACAAUCAGUUUGAAAACUGGUACAAUAAAUACCAAAAACCAAUUAUUCAGAGUGAAUAUGGAGCUGAUACUAUUGCAGGACUGCACAGUGAUCCCCCAGUAAUGUUUUCAGAAGAGUACCAAAAGGCUGUCAUGCAGGAGUAUUUUGUGGUAUUUGAUGAAAGAAGAAAAGACUAUCUGAUUGGAGAACUAAUCUGGAAUUUUGCAGACUUCAUGACUGCUCAAAGUACAGAACGAGUAGCUGGGAACAAAAAGGGGAUCUUCACUCGUCAGAGACAGCCUAAAUCAGCAGCUUUCGUUCUUCGGGAUCGCUACUGGAAACUGGCCAAUGGGACUAAAUAAUUAUUUUAUGGUAUCACGUUGGUGGCCACUGAGAAUACAGAAGAAACUGCAUGCAGAAGCUUUAAAUGAAAUAUUUUUUCCUCCCUGGGGUUAUGGGCUUUGCUGGCUGGUCAGCAUUUCUCAUCCAUUCCUAGUUGUCCUUGAGAAGAAUGGUGAGCUGCAGUCUCCCUCCACAACAGCUACAGUCCAUUUGGUGUAGGAGGCUGUUGUUGAGGGAGAUCAAGGUUUUUGGUCCAGCAACAGUGAUGAAAGGGUGAUCUACUUCCAAGCCAGAUUUGAGUGACUGAGAUAAACCUGCAGGUGGAGGUGGUGUUCCCUUGUCCUUCUAGAUAGGUGGUAGUAGUGCGUAAAUUUGAAGGUUCCCUGGAUAACACUUUCCAGACCGACCAUCAGAAACUUAGGUACAUGCUGUUCCAGCUAACAAAGCCAACAGCCCCUGACUGAAUAUUUUAAAAAUUACCCCAAAGUAUUGAUUCAACUCUAAGAUGGUGUAUGAAUAUUGUGUUUACUGAACUUUGUGAAGAUGAGUAUUUUCACUGUAAAAUUCUGUCAAGGUGCUUUCUCGUCAUACGUUUCAAAAUUGGAAAAGACAGCAUUUAGUACUGGCGCUUGUUUGUCCAUUCAAGUUCAGGUUUGAAAUGUUCAUUUCCAAUUAGACAUUAUUUAAUUGAGUAUUAAUAACACAAAGACAGAAUAGCUGUUGCCUCAGCUAAAAUAAUGACUUUGUUAACACUGCGUCACAUGGAGAUAGCAAGAACUGCAGAUGCUGGAGUUAGAGGAACACAGUAGGUCAGGCAGCAUCAGGAACAGGAAAGUCAACAUUUUGGGUAGGGACCCUCCAUCAGAACUAUUACAUAGUUUAUUUUUUUAAAAGCCCACUGAAGUGUACUAUGUACUAAUGGCAAAUUGAAAUUCUAAUCCUAUAUGCAUAACGUGUCUGGUAUCACUAUUGGGAGCUUUCACAAAAGCUUCAUUGUUAUUCCUACAACUCCAAUGUUUUUUUUAUCUGGUAAGUAGUCUCCUUGGACAUUGACAGACCUGUUAUGAUGGUCACAAACUACUAUUUUGCCACAAAGUGGCACUUAUUCAAGCUGAAUUAGUUUGAAUCUUUCCUAAUCAAACAGGCAUGUUCAAUAUUGUUGUGCAUCUAAGUAACUUCCUACUUAAGAAUCUAACAAAAUGGUGUCUGAACCACCCUAUUUAAGAUCAUUAAAACUUUGAAGGGUGACACUGUUCUUGCAGAGAUAAAAAUUCAGUCAUGGCUGAGUUGGCAGAGUGCUCGUCCUAAGGUUCAAGUCCAACUCCAGGACCCGAGCACAAAAUGAACUAUUCAAGUGUGGCCGUUUAAAUGAUGUGAUAAAUCAAGACAGGUAAAAAUCACAAAGCAUUAUUAUAUGGCUAUAAUCAUUUGCUGUUUGAGACUUUAUGCACAAAUUGGCUCGUGUAUUCUACAUUUCAAAAAUAGUUCAUUGGCUGCAAAGCACUUUGGGUAUCUGGUGUUGAUGGAAAGUACUACGUAAACACAAGUAGUCUUAGCUGAAGAAUUCUGAAGGGUCCCGAACCAAAACGUCAGCUUUCCUGUUCCUCUGAUGCUCCCUGGCCUCCAGCUCCACACUGUUAUCUGAGGCCAGCAUCAGCCGUUCUAUCUGCAGCUAACUUUAGACGUUUUAGAAUGUAAUCAUAUUUUGCCCCCUGUAAGCAAGGUGAACUGCAAAAGUUGAAAUUGAUCACAGUUGUAUCAUGGUUAUUAAAUGUUAUAGUUUUAUAUUAAACUGGUGCUUUGGGAUUGGAAUUGCACGAUGUCCUAUGAUAAAAGGCAAACUACAAACCAGUGACUGCAUUUGUCAUUUUAUCUAUUUUAAGAAACCAAGAAUUCACAGCAAAAUAUACCAAUUGAAUUCUGCUUUUCACCCCCUGCCCUUUCCCCCUUUAACAGUAAUUGGAAUGUUUAGAUUUUUUUGCCAAGAUACAGGAGGAUCGUGGGACUAUUUUGAAAAGUUCUGAUCAGAAAAGAAAAUCUUUCAUGCUUUAAUUUCAGUUAUAGUCAGUUUUAACAUUUACCUAAAAGAUUUUUGGAAUUUUUCUGGCAGCUUUAGGGUUUUUCAAAGGUAUUUGAAGUAAACUACUGUAAGCUGAGGCAAAAUCCUUCAAGUUCAGUUGAUUAAAAGAUACUCGAACAGAGUACACAUGCUGUUGCUCGGA